GGCUCAGCAUCAGGCGCGCAUCCUAAGGCAGGGCGGGCGGGGCCUCCCGAAGAGAAAGCGCGGGUCCUGGGCGGGGCCUUUAGAAGAGAGCGCGGCUGAGCUCGGGGCGAGGCGGGGCCGGCCGCGCGUACUUAAGCAGUCUUGGCGCUUGCGGACGCCCCGCCAUGGCUCUGAGGUGCAUCGUUUCUGUGCUGCGCUUCGGCACUCCCCGCGUCGCCCCACUGUCCACGGCGCCCGUGGCUCGCGAGCAGUCCGCGGCUGGCGAGCAGUCCGCCGCAGGCCGGGAGGCCACUCCAGAAUGCCGGGCGGCCGAAGGUGCGCGACCGCCGUUGCCCGUCGUGGACUUCGGCAACACUCAGGAGGCGUACCGCAGCCGGCGCAGCUGGGAGCUGGCGCGCAGCCUGCUGGUGUUGCGCUUGUGCGCCUCACCUGCGCUGCUGGCGCACCACGAGCAGCUGCUCCAUCUCACCAGGAGACUUCUGGGGCAAAGGCUGUUUGACAAGCUGAUGAAGAUGACCUUCUAUGGGCAGUUUGUGGCUGGUGAGGACCAGGAGUCCAUCCGGCCCCUGAUCCAGCACAACAGGGCCUUUGGCGUGGGCUCCAUCCUGGACUACGGGGUGGAGGAGGAUCUGAGCCCCCAGGAGGCGGAGCACAAGGAGAUGGAGUCCUGUACAUCGGCUGUAGAGAGGGAGGGCAGUGGUACAAGUAAGAGGGAGAAGCAGUACCAGGCCCACCGGGCCUUUGGAGACCGCAGGGAUGGUGUCAUCAGUGCCCGCACCUACUUCUAUGCCAAUGAAGCCAAGUGUGACAGCCACAUGGAGACGUUCUUGCGCUGCAUUGAGGCUUCAGGCAGAGCCAGUGAUGAUGGCUUCUCAGCCAUCAAGCUCACCGCAUUGGGGAGACCCCAGUUUCUGCUGCAGUUCUCAGACGUGCUGACCAAGUGGAGACGAUUCUUUCACCAAAUGGCUGCAGAGCAAGGGAAGGCUGGGCUGGCUGCCAUGGACAUGAAGCUGGAGGUGGCAGUGCUACAGGAAAGUGUGGCAAAGAUGGGCAUCGCAUCCAGGACGGAGAUUGAGAGCUGGUUCACUGCGGAGACCUUGGGCGUGUCUGGCACUCUGGACCUACUGGACUGGAGCAGCCUCAUCGACAGCAGGACUGAGCUCUCUAAGCACCUGGUGGUCCCUAACAUGCAGACAGGACAGCUGGAGCCUCUCCUGUCACAGUUCACGGAGGAGGAAGAGCUGCAGAUGACGAGGAUGCUGCAAAGAAUGGACAUCCUGGCCAAGAAAGCCACCGAGGUGGGCGUGCGGCUGAUGGUGGAUGCCGAGCAGACCUACUUCCAGCCAGCCAUCAGCCGCCUGACACUGGAAAUGCAGCGCAAGUUCAACAUAGAGAAGCCGCUCAUCUUCAACACAUACCAGUGCUACCUCAAGGACGCCUAUGACAACGUCACCCUGGAUGUGGAGCUGGCUCGCCGUGAGGGCUGGUGCUUUGGGGCCAAGCUGGUGCGGGGUGCAUAUAUGGCCCAGGAACGUGCCCGUGCCGCGGAGAUUGGCUAUGAGGACCCCAUUAACCCUACGUAUGAGGCCACUCAUGCCAUGUAUCACAGGUGCCUCAAUUAUGUCCUGGAGGAGCUGAAGCACAAUGCCAAGGCCAAAGUGAUGGUGGCCUCUCACAAUGAGGACACAGUUCGCUUCACGCUGCGCAGAGGAAGUCAGGAGGCCUAGCUCAGAAGCCAGGUGGAGAACCUUGCCUGCUGGGAGAAGCUGCAGUCACAUGGCCUAGCGGGUGGAGAGGGGUCAGCAGCCACUUCCGCAGGAACCGCGUGAAUGUCCCCACCACUGCCAGUCAGGUGGGCAGCAAUGUGGUGGCAGCCCUGCUCUCACAGGGUUCAUGUUCCAGUGAGGGACAGAGAUACUUAAACUGGAGACUGGGGCCACAUGGUAGAGACCAUGGCCUGCUUUAGAGUAGGUGGCCCCCACACUGGAGCCACUCUGACAGAAAGAGGGAGAGGACCUCUGGAGGAUGAUCCUCAUGUGGAGGGCCGGGGUGAGAUGUCCUCAAUGCUCUAGGAGUGAGGGGCCUGAGACAGUGAGAAGAGGGGGACCCUGGAGACAGGGAAGCACACUGCUGGCCUGCAGCCUGGGUGCGUGUGAGGAGGACCCAGGCUAAACAUACCCUUGGAGGGAGGUGGAAGGAUGAGGGCAGAUUCCAGAGCGCUGGUAAUUGAGUCUGGACAUGUGGAUACAGCAAGCUGGAGGUAAAAAUAUAAGAAUCCUCAGUAAGUAGACAUUGCAAACCUUGGAAAUUUUUCUAAGACCAUACAAGGGAGGUAUGAAGUCAGGAGAGGGUGCUGGGCACAGUUGGGGGCCAGAUGUUGGGCAGCACUAAGAGAAAUGUGAGCCACAUCUAUUCUAAAUGUUCUACUAGCCACAUAAGAGAUGACAUUAAUUUCAGUAAUACCUUUCAAUUAGGCCAACAUAUCCAAAAUAUUACCUAUAUUCAGUAUUUCAGAAAAACAAUACAUUCUUUUUUCCAGUUUUCAAAAUCCCAUGUGUGUUAGAUACUUCUAGCACAUCUCAGUUUAGACCAGUUGACUUUCAGAGACUCAGUGGGCACCAGUGGCUGGUGCUGCUGUAUGGGACAGAGCAGCCAGUAAGGGGAGGACAAGAGACCGGGUGGGACGGAGGGGAUGUGGCACUGAAGGAGAGGGGCUCAAAAAGGGGUUGGAGGAGGGUCUUUUGAUGGCUUACCCAGGCCAAGCUUUGGGGCAGGCCUGCCUCACUAGGUUAGG